AUGUCGCAACGCGAUUUUUCUGAGAUCGAGCCCACAGGGUCAGCGUCGCUUGGGGCUGCUUCCAGGGCUCUUUUCGUUGAGAAAGUUCGAGCAUCGAACGCGGCUUGCCAAGCUGGAGACUUCUCCACGGCUGUCACUCUCUACACAGAUGCCUUAACUCUAGACCCGGCCAAUCACAUUCUGUAUAGUAAUAGAUCUGCUGCUCGGCUAAAGCAAGGUCAAUUUGCAGCAGCACUUCAAGAUGCAACGCGAGCUAGGGAGCUGUGUCCGAAUUGGCCGAAAGCGUACUAUCGACAAGGGGUCGCUCUUCAAUGUCUUGGACGUCAUGGCGAAGCAUUGGCGGCGUUCAGUUCAGGAUUGGGCGUGGAACCGUCAUCACGGCAGUUGCUGGCAGCGCUGGUGGAAGCUUCCUUGAAAUCCCCACUGCGAACCACACUCGAGCCUACAUUUAGACAGCUGGAAGCUAUGAAGUUGGAUCAGUCUCCGUUUGUUUUGAUAUCUGUGGUCGGGCAGGAACUGCUCGCCGCGGGACAGUAUCAGGCAGCUGUAAAUGUGCUGGAAGCAGCUUUAAGGAUCGGUUCUUGUUCACUUAAACUGAGGGGUUCUGUGUUCAGUGCGUUAUCAUCAGCACAUUGGGCGCUUAGCCAAUUGGAUGCCGCCAUCAACUACAUGCAGCAAGACCUCGCUGUGGCCAAGUCUCUGGGUGACACUGCCGGAGAAUGUCGGGCGCAUGGAAAUCUAGGUGCUGCUUACUUCAGCCAAGGAUCGUAUAAAGACGCACUGACUGCUCAUCGAUAUCAACUCGUCUUAGCCAUGAAGUGCAAGGACACUCAAGCCGCAGCUGCCGCUUUGACCUCGUUAGGGCACGUCUACACGGCUAUCGGCGACUAUCCCAAUGCGCUGGCUAGCCACAAACAAUGCGUACAGCUAGUUAAACAAAUGGGCGAUAGAUUACAAGAGGCGAGGGAGAUUGGAAAUGUGGGAGCAGUUUACUUGGCCAUGGGCGAGUUCGAUUCGGCUGUGGACUGUCAUACACAGCACUUACGGCUGGCGAGACGACUAGGUGAUCAGGUUGAAGAAGCUAGAGCAUAUUCGAACUUAGGGUCGUCGUACCAUUGUAGAAGAAACUUCACCCAGGCGAUUGCAUACCACGAGAAUGUAUUACGGAUAGCUCAGAACCUCGGAGACAGAGCUAUAGAAGCAAGAGCAUAUGCGGGUCUUGGACAUGCGGCACGCUGCGCAGGAGACUAUGCUCAAGCAAAAAAGUGGCACGAAAGACAAUUGGACGUAGCGCUUGCUGCACGAGACAAGAUUGGGGAAGGUCGAGCAUGUUCCAACUUAGGUAUCGUAUACCAACUGUUGGGGGAACACGAUGCUGCACUGAAGUUACACCAGGCACAUCUAUCUAUUGCCAGGCAAUUGCAGGACAAAGCUGGUAUGGGCAGAGCUUAUGGGAACAUCGGCAAUGCCUACUCAGCGGCCGGUUUCUAUGAACAAGCCAUCAAAUACCAUAAGCAAGAGCUAACAAUAUCAAAAGAAGUCCAUGAUAGGAGUUCGGAAGCGUCUACACAUGGAAACUUAGCUGUUGCGUAUCAGGCGUUAGGAGCCCAUGAUAUGGCACUGUUCCAUUAUAGAGCUCAUCUGGGUAUAGCUCGCGAGCUAAAAGACGCAGCUGGUGAGGCGUGCGCGCUUCUCAACUUGGGGAAUUGUCUCUCGUCUCGAGGUGAAUUUGCUCAAGCAGUUCCGUAUUAUGAGCAGCAUCUGAUGUUAUCCCAAGAACUCGGAGACGUCACCGCUGAGGCUAAGGCCUGCCACUUUUUGGGCUACGCGCAUUACUGCUUAGGAAACUAUAGAGAAGCUGUAAGAUACUACGACCAAGAUCUAUCACUCGCCAAAGAUUUGCAAGAUAAGAUGAAUAUGGGCAGAGCUUAUUGUAACUUGGGGCUGGCACAUCUGGCUCUUGGUAACUUGGAGACGGCCUUGGAAUGCCAGAAGUACUUCCUAGCGAUCGCCCAUAUGACACAGCACCUACAAGGGAAGUUCAGAGCACUUGGUAACAUAGGAGAUGUGCUGAUUAAGAUGGGAGACGUGGAGGAGGCUGUUAAGAUGUAUCAACGGCAACUAGGUUUCGCGAGACAGGCCCGUGAUCGAUCACUUGAAGCAGCCGCUUGUGGUGCACUGGGUCUGGCAAGACGAUUGCAGAGACGUCUGGACGCCGCCUUGGGUCAUCAUACUCAGGAGUUAACCUUGCGCCAAGAAGCCGGUGACGCAGCGGGCGAAGCUAGGGCCCAUUCGCAUUUGGGUGCUGUCCAUAUGGCCCUGGGACACUAUUCACACGCCGCAAGAUGUUAUAGAGAGCAGUUAGAGAGAGCGCAAGAGUUACAAGAUUGCGCCUUGGAAGCGCAGGCGUACGGAAAUUUGGGCAUAGCCAAACUCAACAUGGGACAUUACGAAGAUGCUAUUGGAUAUUUGGAGCAACAACUGGCAAUACUCGAACGUGUGAAUACACCAACGUGCCACUUAGACAAGGCCCGAGCUCUGGGCUCGCUUGGAGACUGUUACGACGCGCUUGGUGAUCCAGACGAAGCAGUCAAAUAUCAUGAGAGACAUCUGACGGCUGCUCUGAAGCUUAACAAUACUAGAGAACAAGAAAGAGCUUAUAGGGGUCUUGGAUUGAGUCACAAAUCCGUGGGCAAUCUGCAACAAGCUCUGGUGUGCUUGGAGAAACGUCUCGUGGUGUCCCAUGAACUAGGAAUGCCCGAAGCAAAAGCCCAAGCUUAUGGUGAACUUGGGGCCUUACACAUCGCUCUAAAUAAUCUGGAGCAGGCGGUAUCAUGUCUGGAGCACCAAAAGAAUAUAGCGAAGGAAUUGAACAAUCAAAUUAUGGAGGCCGAGGCCUGUCAUUCGCUUGGAGUCGCCCACCAGGCACUUGGAGAGCACUCGGCAGCUAUUAGACAUCACCGAGCUGAACUGGAGCUUGCACAUCGUCUUGGUCUCACCCAUUUACAGGCUCGCGCGUGUGGUGGGCUGGGUGCUGCUCAUGCCGCAACGGGUGCAUAUGCUGAAGCUGCACGCUGGCAUGAGUCGCGUCUUAGACAUGCUACAGCAGCUGGCGAUAGCCGCGGACGUGCCAACUCUCUAGCCGACUUGGGACGAGCUCAUCUCGCGAUGGGUGCUUGUGGAAGUGCUGUCUCAUAUUUAAGACAAGCGUUAGCUGCUACUGAAGGAUUGGCUGAUGCCGAUGAAGAGGCUAGAGUACGCCAUAGAUUAGGUUUUGCGUUAUGGGCAUCUGGAGAACUGGAAGAAGCAAAAGAGCAACUGCAGGCAGCCCUCAAUGUUCUAGAAUCUGGCAACGAGAAACAUAGAGACAGGAAAGUUGUCACGUUGUACACAUCAACGCAACACGCGCUACAGAGGGUGCUAGUCGAAUUAGGAAGACAUCCAGAAGCUCUAGUUGUGGCUGAGAGAGGUCGUUGCCGUUCUUUAGACGCUUUAGAGAAACACACAUCCACACAAAAUCACAUUAUUUCCGAAUUGAGUAAUGUCCAAAGGAAUGCGGCAGAAGAUUCAAAAGAGCGUCCAGAACAAUGGAGUCCAUCGACAGUGGAUAAUGUGCUAGAAGUAGUCAACAAGCAGAAAGCUCCUGUCUUAUACUAUAGUUUAGCUGCUGGGAGACUCUACGCGUGGCUUAUACAACCACAUAAAGGAAUUCUCAGAUUCCAUCAAGUGUCACUCAUGGAUCAACCUGAAGAUGGAGACAACAGCCUUCCGGAUAUAAGCCCUGACGACCUACAAUCAAACUCAAAUAGCGCUAAACUAGAACGCUGCAUCGGCGAGUGGUCUUCGUGGCUUAAGAAUGCGGCUGAACGACGCGAUGACGACUGGCUUGACGACAGACCUAAUACCGGUCUUGCUAGAAUUGUUAAUCGCAACCAUCUUCUGAAUUCAUCUAACUACUCGCUGAGUUCGCUAUUCAGCGUCGGGUCUGUUGGCGGGUCCGUGGCUGGUUCUGUUGCCAGUCUACAAGGAUCAACUCGUUCUAGUGUACACGGUCCACGAAAGAAGCAACCAUCUUGGCAGGGACCGCCAUGCCUGACGACACUUUACCAAAUGCUUCUUGCCCCCUUCGAGGAUCUGUUACCUGCCUCUUGUAACAAUAACCACGCAUCCCAUGGUCGUCGGGGUUGCGGUGGUCGGCGUGAGAUCAUUGUGGCAGUAGAAGGCAUCUUAUUCGCGUGUCCCUGGGGUGCUUUAAGCGCGAGCGCAGAUACUGAGCCCCUGUGCGAGCGAUACGCAUUGCUUGCUAUACCAGCACUGCGUCCGCUGCGUCACCAACGCCAGUCGAAACACAAACUGCAUCAUGAACAGAGUGCUAACAGUAAUGAGUCAGGAAUGCGAUGCUUAGUGGUCGGUGGCCCACGCGUGGGCGGGUCACGUUGGCCCGCGCAUCCGGCUUUGCUCAAGGAAGCGGAAAUCGUUGCCGACAUGUUAAGAGUUACGCCGCUAACUGACUAUCAGGCUUCCAAAGAGGCUGUUCUGGCUCAACUACCACAAGCGGAAUGCAUCCACUUCGCCACUCAUGUCUGCUGGAAAACACCAGGAAUUGUACUAAGCCCGGGUGAAGUGGUGGACUCGCAAGCUAAGCGCCUUCUCAAUACUAGCGUUGGAAGCAAUGCAGCUGACACUUCUACUGAAAAUGAAGAAGAGAAUGCAGAAUUACCGCAAACAAACGAAGAACUACCGCCAGCGUCCGAGUUUAUCUUAACUGCACCAGAAAUAACUAACUUGAAGAUAACCGCACGACUCGUGGUCAUAUCUUGUGCUCCACCGUCCUCAAUCGCACAAGAUUCUGAAGAGCUCGACGCAGUAUCAACAGCUGGAGAAGGCGUGUCCCGGCUCUGUAGAGCAUUACUCGCUGCUGGAGCUCAAGCAAUCCUGGUCACCUUGUGGCCAGCACCACAAGACACCGCUACGAAGAUAUUGUAUAGGGCGCUGUACUCAGCUCUGUUACAAGGCAGUCGAGUAGCUAAGGCGUUAGGAGACGCAAUGCAGACAGUGCGACACACAAAACACUUUGCCCAUCCGGCAUACUGGUCUGGGUGUGCCCUGCUUGGGGCCAACGUGCGUCUGAGCAACAAAGUUGCCCUCAUGGGGCAGGCACUUUGCGAACUGCUGGCGACGCCUGAUAAAUGCAGAGACGCUUUGCGUGUUUGUCUACAUUUAGUUGAGAAGUCCCUACAGCGUAUAGUGCGUGGGCAGAAGAACGCUAUGUACACCACUCAGAAAAGCAUCGAAAAUAAAGCCGGAACUGCCACUGGUUGGCGGGAACUGCUAAUGAGCGUUGGGUUCAGAUUUGAGCCAGCAGCUAACGGUAUACCCUCUAGUGUUUUCUUCCCACAAAGUGAUCCUGAAGAGAGAUUGACUCAAUGCUCAGCGAGUUUACAAGCGCUUUUAGGCCUCACAUCGACUACGUUACAAGCCCUAUCGAAGUUGAUCUCCAAUGGUGACGUAGCAGAUGACAUAAUUGGUGUGGUGCGAUCAGUAAUAUCGCAAUUUUCCGUUAAAAACGCCGAAACGGACACCUUAGAAGUCGCCGUGAAUGUCAGGUUGUGGCGAGUGAAUGGGUGUCACGAGUUGCUGGCGUCUCUGGGCUUCGACCUUGCUGAAGUUGGUCAGGACGAAGUGACACUACGCGGCAAAGCUACAAACCGUCGGCAUAUUCAAUUCGUGCUGCAAGCUUUACUCGCUCUCUUUGAUACCCAAGAAGCACCAAGAAGCUUGAGCCUUGGAUCCAGCUCCAGUGUGGAAUCCCUUGCGUCCAUCGAUGAUGCAGACCUUGAGCCACAUUCAGAUGGAGAGUCUCCCCCAACUACACAUAUACAAGAGACCGUAUCUGUACCACCACCACCUCUUCCACUUGGAUCAUGCGGCGGUGCAUUCACAAUGUACGUUCGAAACUCAACGGGAGAAGUCGGACGUGGGGAACCUGAUGGUCGGACAGCACCACCACCUGCUCCCGCACCUCCGAGAUACCGAGGAGAGACACAUCAAACCAAAAUACGCACUCUUUACACACGACGACCUCCCUCGGACGACUCUGACUGGGAGAGCUCUGGUCAUGACACAGUAUUAAGAAGACGUCCAGAGCCUCACCAGCGGUAUCUAGAUGCCUUCUAUGAGCUUGCUUCCGCUCAGCCAAGACGCACGGAGGAAGAAAAGGAACCACAACCCUCAACAUCCAAACGCCCACCUCGACCUAAAAUACGCUCAAAUAACCGCGAUUCAAUGGCCCAAGUCAGGCAUAUGAGCGGAGAACUCACUCCUACUAUUUCAGAAGUAUAUCACGAAAGAAAUAUCGGGUUAGGUCUUGCUCCUCCACUGGCGGAACUGCUACUUGCCGACGAAACCAAAACAGAAAUGCGAGCAGCAAGCUCUAGCGAGAACCUACUAUUGCAGAAUUUAGAGAAAUUAGGCUUAUUAGGCGAUGUUAACGAGAAUGAGGAUCGAUGGUGUAAACCGAAGAGAAAAGAAGAGAACGCGUACGAGUUGAAACCGAAAGAAGAAACUCCCGGUCCGAGCGGUAUAGAGAAAGGGUCGGUUUCUCCUUUUUCUGAACUGUCGAAACGCGACGAGGGUGAUGGAAGAAGUAUUGCGGACUCGCAUUCUUCAUACAAGGCGUUAGUACUAAAUCCUCGGCCACCGUAUUUACCAGAAGAGGGUGAAUCGUCUAAGAACACGGAAGGAGGAAAAACUCACCCGAGAGUCAGACGACCGCCGAUUCCUAGAAACCGACCUUCUUACACAACACUUGAUUUUCCGCCGAGUAAAUGA